CUUUUUUGCAGAAACUCUAAACAUUUCCUUCUCUUUUUUAAUUACCGCCAAUCACGAUUUUUUUUUCUCUUUCUCUUUCUUCCUUCUUUUUUUCGCGUCUCUAUCAAUGUCAAAAUUUUUACCUUCUGAUAGUUUGUUGGCCUGUCAACCUUUUUUUAUUAAAGAUAUCAUAACUGCAGAUCAACAAUUGAAUCAACAUCCUCUCUUAUUCAAGACAAAAACCAAUAAAUUCUUUCAAAAAGUCAAACUCAAUGGGGUUGUAGUAUCACAUAGAUAUCUUGACUCUACCAAGGUUGGUAGUCAAACUCGUUGCAUUCUUUGUUUAGAUGAUGGUACCGAUGUUAUUCAAGUACACCUCUCAAAAAGGCUUUGUAAAAGAGUUGACGCAAAAGACUUGACAGAGGCUGUUUCUUUGACUAUUAUUGGUGAUCCUCAACUAUAUAAUGACACUAUUAUCAUUGUUUGCAAAGGUUACCGUAUUGAAUUGGAUCCUUUAGCUGAACUUUGUCACUGGUUAGAAGUUAUUAACAUCCAUCGAAACAGCAAUAAUACUGAUAUUAAAAGAAGAAAUUCGUCCUGUACGUCCACUCAACUUUAUUACUUACAAUAUGGAGAAGGAAAACGACAAAAACAACGCACAGUAUCCAAUCUUUUUCUUUCAUUAUCUUCACAGCCAUCACCCAUUCGAGGAUCUACUGAUAGUCUAUAUCUUUCACCUUCUCAACAGAAUGAUGUUACUAACAACAACCAGAUUGAUCGGGACGUAUUACAAUGGCAUUGGUCACCGGAUCAUAUCAUUGCUACUUCAACGCCUAUCAAGCAAACAUUUUCAUCGUCACCUAAUCGAUAUAUCGCAUCGCCACUACAUACAACACAGACCGCGUCUAGAUUAUCAUCUGCCUUACAACCACAACAAGAUGAAGAGAAUGACAGCUUUGGAUUUAUUGAUGACACGGAAUUUGAUGCCAUGGAUUUGGAUGAUUUAGAAAAAAAGGCAUUAGAAGGACGGAUAGCAUGACAAUGUCUUUUUUUUUUUUUUUACCAAAGAUAGAUUUACAACAAUGACUAUAUCCUUACUUAGAAAAUACUCAACUACUACAA